AAAAAAACCCCGGAAAUGUGGCGAUCACUACUUCCGCUAAGCAUAUCGAGUGAAACUGAUGUUUUGUUUUGAGUCUGACCAGGCUUUUUAGGAUCUGCAGGAAGCCAAUCUUCUCAUCCCUCAAAAUAAACUCUCAUCUGGUCGGCGGCCAUGGAUGUACAAGCGAGCCAACAGCCAGUCAUAUGUGAAGUCUGUGGAACAUACUUUGAGACCCGAAGGGGACUGUCGAGCCAUGCGCGCCUGCAUCUGCGGCAGCUUGGCGUGACGGUGUCAGAGAGCAGCGGCGCUCCCAUAGAGCUCCUCUACCAGCUCAUCCAGGAGAGAGGUGGCCCUGGCCCCGAGCUCAAAGCAGACUCCUCCAAUCCGGAGCCGACCCCUCUCAAAAGAACGACCCAGCAGGAGUCCAGGACUCCCUCUGUGCCAGACGACAAGAGCUCCUCGUACAAUGCAGGGGUCAGAGUCAUGGCGUCACCGCAUAAGACGGAUCACCGGGGAUCUCCGGUUCGAUUUAAAGAAUCAGCAGCCGCUGUCCCCCCGUCAUCUCCUUCUGCUCUCCGGCUUGCUGAAGGCGGCAGCUCGUCCUCGGUAGAGCACCAAAGCCCAACCAAGCCACUGUGGGCACCGCUGGAAACGGAUGCCCCUAUAACACUAGACACCAAGGAGGAAGUCUAUGUUUGCCAACUUUGCGGCUGCUGGUACGAGACACGGAAGGGCCUGUCCAGUCACGCUCGGGCCCAUUUACGUCAGAUUGGAAUCCCCGACAGUGAGAUUAAGGGCAGCCCCAUUGAUUUUCUGUACCAGAUAAUGGAGGAGGAGGACCUCAAGCCAUUCACCCCAAACGGAUCCCCCGGGUCCUCCUCCAAACGUCCCUCGGAUCUGUCCUCCCCACCCGCAUCUCAGCCCAGCAAACGGCCCAAAGCGUCUGAGGAGUUGACCUGUGUCCUGUGCGGGGAGGAGUUUGAGAAUCGCAAAGGCCUGGGCAGCCACGCCCGCUCGCACCUGCGUCAGAUGGGGAUGACCGACUUGAUGGGGAAAAGUUCUGCGAUCGACACCUUGAAGGAGUUGGUCAGCAAUGGCAUGCUGGAAGCCAUGCAUCCCCCCAAAAGGAACAGUACAGCCAGCUCAUCAUCAGUGCCGUCUACAGCUCCAGCCCGUCCUGUGUCCCCCACCCUGUCUCCAGCUCUGGGCCAAUCCCCGAGCCCCGUAAAGAGCACCCGCUAUCCUCCUGCUCCUCUCAACAGGGCCCCAAAGGCGAAGAAAGGCUUUCGACUUGCAGUGGACCCCCUCUACAGAAAACCCAAGCCCGAGCCUGUGGAGAUAGAGGUGUUCGUUCAACCGGAGGCAUCGAACACAAGCGCCAACUGUCCCGCGGAGAAGUCGCCCACUGCUCGUGUUGCUUCAAAGCCUUUCAGGGCAGUGUCGUCCACAGAUAUACAGUCCCCACCGACCGUCCUCUGUGACUUCUGUGGCCAGCUGUUCGACACCCGCAAAGCCCUGUCCUGCCACGCCCGGGCCCACCUGCGCCAGCUCGGCCUCACCUGGUCCAUCAAAACGUCGCCGAUCGACCUCCUCAGAGAGGUCAUGUUGCGCGGCGAAGAAGGCAGGAAAGGCUCUUCAGCAUCCGGCAAAGCCGCUUGGACCCCUCAAAGCUCCAAAAGGUCCCCGGAGGGCCCCCAGCCGAGGGAGCCGGCCUCCAACAGCAGCACCACGGCUCUUGAUUAUUCCAUGAAAGAGAAAUCCCCGUCUGGCAAGAGUGGGGCCUCGCUACCUGACACGUCCUGCGAGCUUUGUGGGUUUAAUUUUGAAAACCGCAAGGCCCUGGCCAGUCACGCGCGGGCCCACCUCCGCCAGCUGGGAAUCGUUGAGUGGAAGGCGGACGGCGCGAGCUCGCCAAUCGAACUCCUCAGCGACCUGAUCCGGAGGGACCCCGUCAAAGUGGCAGCAAUAACUCGACGCUACCGCACCGGAGACUUGUAUAUCAAGAAGUCCCAGAGAACUGCCUCGCCCUCUCUGUCCACGGACUCUGACUCUGUGCCCGGCAGCAGCUUCAGGCCUGAGCACAAGUCGGGACGAGAGGACUCGCGGAUCGUCGCAGGCUCAUCCAGACAAACGCAAGGUUACACGCGGACAAUCGCAGCCCACGGCAACCCCGGUGUGCGCUCGCCAAAGGGGGUCCAUCCGCCAAAACACACGGCGCGCACAGGGGAAGGAAGUCGUGGCGCAAGCUCCCAGCAACCGUCGCGGUGUGGCAGCAUCCCUGCCAUGCUGCCCAAGCCUCCACUGACACCGCUGGUCAAGCUGGUGGGCAAAGUCUACUCACUCAAGUGCAGGUUCUGUGAGGAGGUGUUUCACGGGCCCCUGUCUGUGCAGGAGCGGUGGAUCACACACCUGCAGAAACACAUCCUGUCACUGGGCUACAAAGGCAAGGCUUCUCCUCCCGCCGCGCCGGUGGCAGCUCCUGCGCUCGUGCAGCCGGUCGCCGUGUAGUCCGCGAAACAUCUCUCCCCCGACUCGCAUCGCACGAGGUCGUCAUUUAUCAAUCAUCGUCUAGAGGGAAGUGAAAUAUUUUGAGGAACUAUGUUGUCAGAAAAGAUGUGACUGUCUCGUCCUAGAAGUGGCAAACAGGAGCCUUAUCAGAAAGCAGGAGGACGUUAUCCACUCAGGUAAAAACCAAUACAAGCAAUUUAUCACAAAACCGAUUUCUGGGUGUUUUUGGAACAAAAUAGUUCCUCCCUCCUUUUGAUGAUCACCACUUUAUUCCCGCCGCUCAUACAUCCCUUCCAUUUGUGCCAAUGUUCAACGUGUUUGAAUGUGUUUUUACCGAGUAUCAUGUAAGAGGACGAUCCAAACCGAGAGUGAUCUCUUUUAGUUUUUUUUGUCCUGGUAUAGUCGUCAUUUCACUGUGAAAUACCCUUUUCUCCUUUAUGCCUUUUGAAUUGUUUUAAAAAUGAACUUGAAGUGUUUUACUUUUUUUUUUUUAAAUCUCGAACGACAUUUAGGAAUAAAACAACACAGACACCAGAAACACAAUUCGUAUCCAACUGGCUGAUCUCGGUCUACAAAAGAAAAGUUACUGGAAUGUCCUGCAUCCAUCUUACAUCUUGGCUCUAGUCACACUGUGUUUCUUUUAUUACAUCUUCUUCAGGUGGUAACUGCUUGGCACAAACAGUUUUUCUUGACUUUUUACAUUUCUUCAUUUUAACAAUAUUUUGUAAAUUAAAUUCUGCCUGUGUGUGUUAAGAUAAGGUGUAUUAAUUAUAAUUUAUAAAUUUACCACUGCCAUACAAUGAAAGAUGAAUGGACAUGGGCGUCUCACUGUAAGUAGUUAGAUAAGAGACAAUAGGUAUACUUGUCUUUGCAGUUUCUAAUACAAUCAAUCAAAUACAUUGAACAAUUUUUCAUGUAAUUUAGUCUCUCGUGUCUCCAUUCACCCAUGUUUAUUAUUGUAUCUUCCCAUUUACAUUGUGUUCUCCUGUUUCUGUGUGUUUUGUCUUUUAUUUAAGAUUUUUUAAUAAAUAUUUUUGGGAUCUCACUGUU